CGUCGUCGUCGCCUCUUCGCAGCACACCUUGCCCAUGAUCGAUCGAUAGCCUUUAGUGCACACCUGCAGUAGUCUCCAACAUGGCCUCAUUAGCUGCGCCUUUGCCGGUGCCUAAAGAGGAAGAAGCUCUCAGCAUGCAGGAUGUAAUCAGUCCCGCCGACGCACUCUACGACAAAUGCGCGCAGAAGGCCCAGGGCACCGUCUUCUUCCAGCGCGACCUGUCUAACAUGCAGAUCGCUGAGACCAUGGGCGAGUUGACCAUGCUGCUGCAAGAGCUGUGCGACCGCCACCUUAUGAAGCUCAUGACGCUGGAGGGCGAGCCCUGCUGGAAACUGCGGUCCCGAUCAGACGCCGACAAACUGCGGCGACUGACGCCCGAUGAACGCCUCCUUUACCACCACAUCGACCAGGUCCAGGCCGAAGGCAUCUGGUCCAAAGCGCUACGAGCACGCACGAACGUCACACAACAAGUCCUGACAAAAUGUCUGAAGAGCUUGGAAUCAAAAGAACUGGUGCAGUCCGUCAUGAGCGUCAAGUUCCCUAACCGGAAAAUGUACCUCUUGAAGCACCUACAGCCCUCGGAAGACAUUGCUGGUGGACCAUGGCAAGCCGAAGGCGACUUUGACACGGCCCUCAUUCAAGCCAUCUCGGGCGCAGUGGCACAGUAUGUCGAAAAUGAGACAUGCAUCAAGGUUCCAGGGAACUGGAACGACUACGCGCAGAAGAAGGCAAACGCGCAGGGCAUGCGCGACAUUGAGGAGGCGCCAGCUGUGAAGCCCCACCAGCCGUCGAGUGACCCAAACACCUCAAAGCUCGUCCACAAGAACAGCCCACAAUAUCCAAAUUCUGCCUCUGUAGCCGAGUGGGUAAAUGCCAAGGGGGUCCUCAGGGGCAAAAUUGUCAGGGAAGAUGACAUGGAGCAGUUGCUGGAGAUGAUGGUCCUCGAUGGCCGCUUAGAGAAGAUCUCGGGCACCAGCUAUCGAACGGUCUUGACUGCCAUCGACACCAAGAUAUAUAACGGGUUUGUCGACGCUCCUUGCGGCAAUUGCCCGGUCUUCGAUUUGUGCGGCGACGAGGGCGAAAUCUCAGCGAGGACGUGCGUGUACUAUGGGGAGUGGCUGCAGACCCAGUCAGAAGAAGUAUAGUCACCUUUGUUGACAUCAAAAGCAUAGCGGCGGCGUUUGGUUUAUCGAUGCAUUUUCGUCUCACGUAAAGGUAUACCCACUUGGCACGCUUGACGACCCUGCAUCUCUUCCAGUUAUCAAUCUAUCCACAAUUCUCUCAGUAUUCAGUUCAUGAUUGCUUUCCCACUUUCAACGUGUCUUUUGUGUUAUCUU